UAUCUGCUUCUUCUUCUUACCACUCACGUCGUGUACAUUUUUCGUUUAGACAAAUUCUCGAAAUUUAUUUGCAAUACGCCAAUAAUUGCAAUUAACUGUGUUUUAUUUACUGCCCAGUUUUGGUGCCGUUGCCCGCCGCCGUCGCCGCGUUACGGACGUGGCAGAACUGUAUGCACUCCGGGAAAACAAAGAUGGCAGCCACUUAGUGUAUUAAAAAUUGUGUACGCAAGUGUUUUGUGGUCUGAAAAGCAGGCAUGGAGCAAUUGACGGAGCUGGAUGCAUUUCUGGAUGGCGUCAGCUCUCGUCCAAUCUUUGCAGGCACAAAUCAAAACCCAAAUGAGCAACACGUGAGCGAGGCCGCCACAGUUGUUGUUGGUGGCGCGGCGGCCCUUGGGUCACCAGCUGGCGGCAGUCCCAAUGCGACAACAGCAGCAGAAACAGUUGCAACAGCAGCAACAACAACAGCAGGAACAGCAGGAGCAGCAGCAGCAGCAGCAGCGGCAACAGGCACAGCUGUUAAUACCACGCCCACAAAGAGUCCACAACGUAGUGCUUACCAUGAAGAUCUUUAUCACGCUAGCGGCGAUAACGUUGAUAACGAGCCACCGCCGGAGGCAAACGGCUCACCCGCUCAGCGUCAUUCCAUAAACUCCAGUGAAUAUAGCUUAACGCCCAAGUCAGGACGCAUUGGGCUUAACGGUGCCGCUGCAGCAGCAUCAGCAUCAGCCGCAUCAGUGUCCGCAUCGGCGUCUGCCAAUGGCAGUGGCACCACAUCGCCCAUAAAUUAUCAAAUACUUGGCGAGGAAUACCCUUACAGCAUAGAGUAUGAGUCACAGCAGCCACAGCAGCAGCAACAGCAGCAGCAGCAGCAACAACAACAACAGCAGCAGCAGCAGCAACAACAACAGCAACAAUCGUCGGUGACUAAUCAGGAACAGUCGGGCGCUGUUCAAGCCACGGCCGCCAUCAGCUAUAGCGCCAAUCGUCAGAGCUACGCCUCCCCUCCAGCUGCAUUGCCGCCUUUGAUCAUACCGCAACGUCAGUCGCUGCUGCCUUGGGGCGCACAUUCGCGCAGCAACAUUAUAAACGUGCUGCCCAGUUACACGCAGGCCGAGAUGCAUGCGUUGGCGGCCAGUGUGGCCAGCGCUGAGCUGACCGCAGGUCCCCGACCCGGCGAGAUAGUCAUGCGCAAUUUGUUCAGCGACUUCACAGCGCAGGCGGAGAAGAAAAUCGAGCUGGCCAUGCUGGAGAGCGCCGAUAAGAAUCUAUCGAAGUUGCUGCAACGCGGCGAGGAUCCGCAAUUCGAUCAGUUGCUCUCCGCUCUGGGCUCUGUGGCCGAGCAUUGUUUGCCCUCGUUGCUGCACACACUGCUCGCCUGGCAUCGCCGCCAGCUGUCCGACAUGGAGAUCAAGAAUGACCUGAAGAAGCCAGCAUCGGGCAGCAGUGUUCAGGCUGUGAACAAGACCAGCGUUGAUCUGGACUUUCAGCUGCAGCGUCGCGAGGCAGCUGUGGAGUUCAUAUUUUGUUUGGCUCUGAUUGAGAUACUCAAGCAGCUGCCAUUUCAUCCGGGCCAUGAGGAUCUCGUGCGCAGCAUCGAGAAUCUGGCCUUUAAGCACUUCAAGUAUAAGGAUGGCCUGCAGAACAAUCCAAAUGCCCAUAACAUACACAUGAUUGCGGAUCUCUACUCGGAGGUGAUUGGCGUGCUGGCCCAGAGUCGAUUCGCUUCGGUGCGGAAACGUUUCAUGUUCGAGCUGAAGGAGUUGCGCGGCAAAGAGGCGUCGCCCACGACCACGCAGAGCAUCAUUAGCCUGCUGAUGGGCAUGAAGUUCUUUCGCGUCAAAAUGGUGCCCAUCGAGGAGUUUGAGGCAUCGUUUCAAUUCAUGCACGAAUGUGGUCAAUACUUCUUGGAGGUGAAGGACAAGGACAUCAAACAUGCGCUGGCUGGACUUUUUGUGGAGAUUCUAGUGCCCGUUGCGGCGGCCGUUAAGAAUGAGGUGAACGUGCCGUGCGUCAAGAACUUUGUGGAGCUGCUGUACGUGCAGACGCUGGAUGCAUCGACCAAGUCAAAGCAUCGUCUGGCAUUGUUUCCGCUCGUCACUUGCCUGCUCUGCGUUUCGCAGAAGACUUUCUUUCUGACCAACUGGCAUUACUUUCUGGCCAUGUGCCUGAGCAAUCUGAAGAAUCGCGAUGCUAAAAUGAGUCGUGUUGCCCUCGAGUCGCUCUUUCGUCUCCUGUGGGUCUACAUGAUCAGGAUCAAGUGCGAGUCCAACUCGGCUACGCAUUCACGACUGCAGAGCAUUGUCAACUCCUUGUUUCCCAAGGGCUCCAAGGGCGUUGUGCCGCGUGAUACACCGUUGAAUAUCUUUGUCAAGAUUAUUCAGUUUAUUGCCCAGGAGCGUUUAGACUUUGCUAUGCGGGAGAUUGUGUACGAUUUACUCUGUGUGGGGCGCUCCAUCAAAGUCAUACUCAAUCCGGAACGCAUGAGCAUUGGCCUACGUGCAUUCCUAGUGGUUGCCGAUUCACUGCAGCAAAAGGAUGGCGAGCCGCCAAUGCCGCGCACUGUGCCGGCGCUGCCCUCGGGAAAUACGCUGCGUGUGAAGAAGACGUACAUCAACAAGAUGUUGACAGAUGAGACGGCACGUAGCAUUGGCAUGUCCACAUACUUUCCGCACGUACGUCGUGUAUUUGUGGACAUCUUACGUGCCCUGGAUGUACAUUGUGGGCGGCCAUUAAUGAUGACGAAUACGCAGAAUCAGAAUAAGGAGCCCGACGAGAUGCUCUCUGGUGAACGGAAGCCGCGCAUUGAUCUCUUUCGGACGUGUGUGGCGGCUGUGCCACGUUUGAUACCCGACACAAUGACCCAAGAGCUGGUCGACUUGCUGUCACGCCUGACCGUGCACAUGGAUGAAGAGCUGCGCAUACUGACGUAUCAAUCGCUGCAGACGCUGGUCAAAGACUUUCCGGAUUGGCGUCAGGAUGUCGUGCACGGUUACACACAGUUUCUGGUGCGCGAUGUCACCGACACCUAUCCGCAAUUGUUGGAGAACUGUACGCGCAUCUUGUCUGUUCUCCUAACCAUUUGGCGCUGCGCGAUUAAUGUCAACGGCGCUGCAGCCACCGGCAACAACAACAGCAGCAGCGGCAACAGCAGCGUACCCAGCACAGGCGUCACUGGCGCUGCCAAUAAUCCCGCACAGUCAAAACUUGGUGGAGCAGCGGCUACAACCGGCACAGCGGCUUCCCAAGCCGCGCCUGUGGCUGCUGGUGGAACAGCAGCGACCGCCGCUGGCAAGGAAACCACCAGCAGUCAACAGUCCAAGCAGCAGCAUCUAAACACAGCCAGCAGUGCUGCGUCGAGCAUCACCACCUCCAGUGGCAUGUCCAGCAUUACCCAGCACACGGUGCUCAAUAUGGCGGCCAGCGAUGCGGGCAAAAAGAAUGAGAUACCAUUGAUUACCACGCUGCACUUUGUGGAGGGCUUCGCCCUGGUGCUGCUCUGUAAUUACAAGUUCUAUCUGCGCAAGCUGGCAGUCAUUAUACUCAAGGAGGUGAAGAACCUGAUGCGUGCACUGGGCCUACCCGAAACGGAACCACCUCUGAUCGAUGUCAUGGAUCGCUUCUGUCCGCAAGUUGUGGAGAAAUGUCUGCCGAUGCUGCCGCAGGCAGAGAAGACGGCCAUACUGAAUGCCAACUGCAUUGAUCUGUAUUGGAUAGCUGAGCGCGGCGGCGGCGUUUGGCUGGCCGGACUCACAGAUGACAACUCAAAGUCCUCCACAUCAACGCUGAAUCUCUCGCAGUCGAGCUCAGCAGCUGCUGCAGCCGCUGCAACUGCCACCUCGCCGCAGCCGCCCAUUGAUCCCUGGGCGAUCUGUCUGUUUGGUCUGUUGGAGCGCCAGCGUGUGCUGCAGCAAUGCCCCUCGGCGGUGGCCCAGGCCUGGCCCAUUUGCUAUGCACGUCUCACUGCACUCUAUAGCGUCAUAGAUCCCACACCUGUCAGUGAUAACCGCGCCUCCUUGCUACGCGGCUCGGCGCCCACAAAGAAGAUGCCCACCGAGAGACAAAAGGAUUUGUACAUGCGUCUGUGGCGCAAUCAGGUGGCCUGUGCCAUGCGCCUCGUUCCACAAAUACCAAGCGUAGCCGUGCGCUGUGCCUCUCCAGAUCUGAGCUUGAGUUUACAAGAUCAAUCGGACUCACGUUCGCUAUCCGAUUCGUUGGACAAUAUACCGUCAAAUGUUUUUGGGCCGGAGGGAAUUGUGACACGUUUCACUCUGCCGCUCUCCUACGGACGCAAAGAAGCGCGACAGAAACGACUUGGCUCAUCGCCAGAUUCCCUAAACGCAGAUCGCAGCGACAAAUCAGCGAUGGGCAGCGCCUCCCCGCAGGCACUGUACAAGCUGGUGGUGCCCCUGCUGCGCUGCGAGGCCAUUGAUGUGCGGGAUGCGGCUGUCAAUGCGCUGGGCAUGAUAAAUCACGAUGCUCUCAAGGAUCUCAUGGAGGAGCUGGUGGUCUACAUACGCGAGGCUGUCGAUCGAAAGCAGGAGAAUAUGCGACGUCGUCGUCGGCGCGAUGCACUGCGUCUGCAGGUGGUGCGUGUGCUGGAGAAGAUAGCUGAAAAUGGCACCUUUGGCGUGAGCUCCUGCGUAUUGGAACGUGAUACCAUGUCGCUGCAUCCCACGUUUGUGGAGUACAUAGAGGGCGCCAUGGCAUACCUGAUGGCCGAAACGGACAAGGAUAAUCUCAGCAUACGUGAGGUCAAAGCGCAUUUCUGCAAUUUCAUACGGAAAAUGAUUAAGAACUUUUCACUUGAAUCGUGCGCCACUUUAUUGUCGCGUGACUUGAAGCGUAAUCUAUUCAAUUUAUUUGCCACAUGGUGUGGCAGCUUCUCCAAGCCACUAAGCAUCAGCUCUCAGAUUGGCCAAACCCCCGAGGAGGAGAAACUGCAAUUCAGCGCAUUACAGGCCAUGUCCGCUCUGCUCUGCUGCGGUCACAUCUUCUAUACGCCCCUUCUGCAGGACGAUGGCAUCAUCUACAAGUGGCUGGAUCUGCUGCUCACCUCCAAGGAGGAAAAGAUUUAUCAAUUGGCACGCGAUACGGUUGUGCUGUUGCUGGAAUCAAAUCCGGAUAUGGGCCAGCUGCUCGAAUGGGUAAUCGAUCGCUGCUAUACGUCGACGCCACGUGAGGCUGAUGCUUGCUUCUUGGCUUUGGCCUCAAUCUUCAGUGCCAAAGAGUAUCCAUGCGACCAUUAUACGUCAGUUAUUACCGUUACGCUUCUGAUGACGGGCUGCCCCCGCGUUGAGGUACACGCGACCGCGUUGCAGCUGCUGCAGAUACUGGAUAAACGCUUCUUUGGCAGCAGCGUGGGCAAUCUGCACAGCGACAACGAGAAAGAAGAUGAUAAAGUUGGCACACUGGAUGAGCUGCUGAGUAAUGCCUAUUGUCGCUCGCAGCGUUUCCUCUCCAAGCAGCUGGCGCACCUGCGACCCGAGCUCACCAUGUCCAUAUUUUCGGAGAUAACGCAUCGUUUUCAGAGCGCACGUGAAGAUGUGCGUGCCUUGCUGCUGCAGUGUCUGCUGCCCUGGCUGCAGAACAUGGAACUGGUUGCGACGAGUGUGCCGCCUGCCACGCCCCUUUCCUAUAUAAUGUAUUUCCCCGACUCGGGCACACGCGGACGUCGUGAGGGCACCGGCUCAACGGAGGCCACAGAAAUGAUUUUGAAUAAUCUAUUUUAUAUAACUGCCAAGUUUUCGGAUGCACAUCCGCGCGAUAUUGAGGAGCUGUGGGGCACCUUGUGCCAGUUCUGGCCCAACAAUCUAAAGGUCAUCCUGCGCUAUCUGGUCAUUAUGAGUGGCAUGGCACCCACCGAGCUGUUGCCCUAUGCUAAGCGCGUGGCUCUCUAUUUGGCACGCAGCUGUCCGGAUCGCUUGCUUGAUGAGCUAAUGGCCGAGCUGCAGACAGUGGAGACACUCAACUGCCUUAUCGAGCGCACUGAAACACCGCCCUUCUACAGGCUGACCAGCAUGCGAAAGGCUUCCAGUCAUAGCGCCGAUGGACAACCUGUGGGCGGCAUUAACGAUUCGCGCACCCAGGACCUGACCGUCGAGAAGGGCACUAUACACACCAAGCGGCACAGCGGCGAGGAUCCCAUUAAAAUUGGCACCUGCAAAUCGGACAGCGGCAUACGCGCCUAUACACAGGCCGCCGCGGCUGCAGCUGCCGCUGCUGUUACGCCCAUUACCGGAGGCAGUCGUCCGCCUCGGGGUGCUGAUAAAAUACGUGCUGCCUCAGGUCCGUCCAUACUGCCGCGACCCGAGGAUAUACUAAUCAAUGACCCUGAGCUUCGGCAGGAGGAGAAUGUGGAGCUGCGGAAUACAGCGGAGGCGCCGGCCAAUCCACAUCCCCACCCGCUGCCCAUGCCCGAAUAUGGCGGUUACUUUGCGCCACUUACCGAAUUUUUACCCGAUGUCAGCUUACCCAUCAGCGGAUUCCAUCGCUGCAAUGUGGCUGUCAUGCUGCUCACAGACAUUGUGGUGGAUGGCAUUCCUGGCAUCGAUUGGACGCUUCAUUUGCCUCUGAUGCUGCACAUCCUGUUCCUAGGCCUCGAUCACACCCGCGUCAUUGUGCGCCAGCAUUGCAAGCAGCUCUGUGUCAAUUUGCUGAUUGUCCUGGCCGAGCACAAUGAUCAUCUGACGGUCGCGCGCAUUCUGCUCAACAGUGAGACGAGCAAGCUGGAUUUGGGCCUGACCGUGCCCGCUCUGCCCGUGAUUGACAACAACUUUACGGAGCUGCACCAGCAAUUCGAUAGCUAUCUGCUGCACGUAAGCCCCCAGGCGGCUGCCUAUGCACUGCAGCAUAAUCUCUCGAGCUCGACGAUCAUUGCGUCGCACUCGACCAACCAGCAGACGCUGCCGCAGACGCCGCAAAACCAGCAGCAGCCGGCUCCAGUUCAGGGCGCAGGGUCGAGUGCCACGCCAGCAGCUUUGACAGCCACGCCCGCUGCGCUGCAGAUCAAUCCGAAUAAUACGGAGAACUCGGAGGUGCCGUUGAUCCAUGCGGACGAGCACGCUCCGCCCCAGCCGGGUCCCAGCAUGCCCAUAGCGCAUGUUAUCAAGAGUUUGAUCAAGUUCCUAGCUCAGGACACCAGCCAGCCGCUGUGGAACUACGAGGAUAUCACAGCCAAGGUGUGGUCGGUGAAGUCUGCGGAGCAGCUGAGCUGUUUCCUGAAGCACAUGGUCAAGGUGUUUGCCGAUAGCUAUCCACAGGCGCGCAUUGCCGAGCGAUGGGCACAGACGGCUUUGCAGCUGGGCUUGUCCUGCUCCUUGCGUCACUAUGCUGGGCGUUGCCUCCAAAUCUUUCGCGCUCUCAAUGUGCCCAUCAAUUCGCGCAUGCUCUCGGACAUUCUAUCCCGCCUGGUGGAGACUGUAGCGGAGCAGGGCGAGGAUAUGCAGGGCUAUGUAACGGAGCUGCUGUUGACGCUGGAAGCUGCUGUCGACAGCUUGGACUCUGACUUCCGGCCGCUGGACGUCAUGAAGGACAUUUUCAAGAGCACGCCCAAUUUGAACAACAAGGACGGCGGGCCCAACUCCAUACUGCCGGGCAAAAAGUCGCCAUCGGGCAUGACACCGCAAUCCUCCAACUACUCCAUACCCAGUCAUGGACGCAGCACCAGCUACUCGGUGUCCUAUUGCGGCCGCAAGGCCAACAACUCGCCCUGCGACAAGCAGGUGGAGCUGAGGAAUCGUGCCUCAGGCAUCGAGCUGGAGCGCAGUGUUGUCUGCAAGUUUGGCGUGGGCGGCGUUGGCGUUGGCGCUGGCUCCGCCUUGUCUCGCUCACGUAGCGCACAGAGCCUGAAGAUGCUGGGCGAUACGGCCACGCAGGAUGACAAGAUGACCAUAUUGGCGCAGCUAUUCUGGCUAUCGGUUUCACUGCUCGAGUCGGACUAUGAGCACGAGUUCUUGCUGGCACUGCGUCUGCUAACCCGCGUACUGCAUCGCCUGCCGCUGGAUCGACCCGAUGCGCGGGACAAAGUCGAGAAGCUGCAGCAGCAGCUCAAAUGGACCGCAUACCCCGGCGUACAUGCGCUGCUUCUGAAGGGCUGCACCCACAGUGCCACCUAUGAGCCAACGAUCACGCUGCUGUCCCAGUUCGCACCGCUGCUUAGCCUGCCAGUCUGUGAUCCCACACAGAGCUGCGCUUUUCCCAUGAACGUGAUUGCACUGCUGCCGUAUAUGCUGCUCCACUAUGAGGAUGCCAAUGAGAUUUGCAUACGCAGCGCUGAGAAUAUUGCGCACGUGUCCACGGAGCUGGGCGCCAAGCUGGAGAAUCUGGGCACAGUGAUGACCUUGUACAGCCGCAAAACGUUCUGCAAGGAGUCAUUCCAGUGGACCAAGUGCGUGGUCAAGUACUUGCACGACACAUACGCUCACAUGGGCCUCCACAUGCUGGCCUUCCUCAUCGAGGUACUGGAGAAGGGGCCUCAACAGGUCCAAGUGCCGGUCCUCAAUGUCAUUCACUGCAUGUUACACUAUGUGGAUCUAUCGGCGCCACAGGCACAGAAUAUCAAUGCGGACUUGCUGCGUGCCAUAGGCAAAUAUCUGGACACUGUGAACUGGAAGGACUCUUUGAAGAUUCUCAAACUGAUCGUUACACGCAGCUCUUCGCUGCAAGUGGUGCCGCCCAGCGAUGGCAGCAGCGCCGGCUUAUCGUUCUCCUUCUAUGGCGCAUAUCCGGACUCGGAUAUGUUCUGUAAAAAGGAACUGGCCGGCCGCACCAUGGAGUUCACCUUCGACGUGUCGCAAACUCCGCUGAUCGGACGUCGCAUCUUGCUCAAAACCGAGGAGCCCACAUCAGGCUCUGCAGCAUCCGCCACGGGCAGCUCGUCGCUAAACUCCACACUGACCAAUGCCACCACCGUGACAGUAGCACCUGCACAGCAGGCGGGCGCACAGCUGCAGCAACAGCGCGCCCAUGGGAAUGUGGCUGCCAUUGGCGCCUCUGCCGCCGCUGCCCAGCAGCACCAGCAGCAGCAGCAGCACGGCAUUGGCCUGGGCAGUGUUGUUGGCACACCCAACUCACCCAGGCGCAGUGCCAGCCUAUCGCCGGCGGAUACCGUGCCGCUGAGCGGCUGGAAGCGUCCCUGGAUGUCGCAGUGCCGGGUGCGCGAGUGCCUGGUCAAUCUGUUGACCACCUGUGGACAGCGGGUCGGCUUGCCCAAGUCGCCAUCGGACGAUUUUCUAAACUCUAUUUGCUCAAAGGUCAUCUUCAGCCAAUCGUCGGAUCUCAUGGAACGGCAAUCAUCGGCCGCCUCAUCCACGGAGGAGACAUCAGGUCCGCAGGGCGAUCUGAGCAGCGGUUCACGUCGCGACGAUGGUCAGCCCGAUUUUACCGUGUUCAAGGACUUCGACUUCCUGGAGUACGAGGACAGCAUUGCCGGUGAAUCCACGGAUAACUUUAAUUGGGGCGUGCGUCGCCAUCAGCUCUUUGAGGGUGAUGAAGAUCUUUUGAAUCUCGGCAGCGGCAUGGGCGGCUCUAUCAAGGGCGGCCAUUCGUCGGCGCUGGAGGAUAGCUUCAGCGAUAAGACACCCAUUCUGAGUAAGCGCAAGCGACAGACCGCAGACGAUUCAUCUGAUGAAGAAGCCGAGUCGGAAUCUCCGCUGGACGACGAUCACCGCCAAUCGUUCUUGAAGUCCUUCCUAGGCGGCGCACCACCUUCUUCACUGAGUUUGCGGGAGCGGCGUCGUCGUAAUUCGGUGUCUCGCAGUGACACCAGCGGCUCAAGUGCUGGAGACUUGGGCGAUAUCACGCCAUGCAAUGCCUCGCCGCAUAUGCAGGGCAUCAUACGCUUUGGGGCCGCCGUGCGAGAUGAGGCUGAGGAGAACUGGCGUCGUCAACUGCAGUCGAUGCUGGUCAAUCAACCCUCGGCGCACACUUCUGAGCUGCUGCAGCAGCUGUAUAGGCUGGUCAAGGAGCUGACCUUCAAGACAAUCAGCAUUUCCAAGGAGGCCAAGAAAUUCUUCACUGGCAUCGGCUCACAGCUAGGAAAUCGCAUAUCCCUCUUUACGGAUUUAUUGAGUGCACGCGCCGAUCCGCCGCGUGUUUGGUGCAGUGAGAUGCAGCCCACCACACCGAAGCUGUUGGAAACUUUAAGAUUCAAUGUGCUGGAAGUGCAGGAGCAUCUGGAGACGUUCUUCGAUCGCAAAGAUCAGGUACUAGAGUGCCUGGACGCCGUGAAGACAUCCUGCAAACUGUCCCUCUUUAAUGAAUCCGAUGUGGCGGCCUCUAGCAUGGAGCUACCCAGCAGUUCCAGCAUUGCCUGCAUGCCCUUCGAUCCCGCCUCCACGGAAGUUGUUCUGGACUUGGGUCGCUCUUUGUAUAAGCUUAUGUUUCAGCUGCUUCUGCUGAUUGAAUCGAAUCAUAAAAUAUCCUCGAAUGUCGUUAAUCAUUUUCGCGUCAAUGAAAACAUGCACGACAUAUCCGAUCUCUACGCCCUGGUGCGAGAUGCUUUGGUGCACUGUACGAGCGAAGCAGAACUAGAUUGUCUGGAGUCAUCCACCUCGACGGAGGGUGAGCAUACUCCCACGCCCUCGCCAAGCUUGCCCAUGACGCAGGAAGAAUUUGAGGCGUCGCUGCACGAACAUAUUAAUCUGCAGCGCUGGUCGAGCGCCAUUUCUCAUGUGCGACAGUAUCGACGCGUGUCUACGCUGAGCGCAGGGGAUCAGAGUCUGACUAUAUUUAGCUAUGGCAAUCUGGAUAGUCGCAUCAAGUUCGAUGAGAUGUCAAUCAUAUUGAAUGCGUAUGCGCAUAGCAUUAUGAAGGAUCGCACAGAGGCCUUCAUUGUAUCCAAAUCGGACUCGGAGCUGUACGAAGUAUAUGCUAUACUCUCGGAGAACUUGUAUCAUGUAUCGAGCGCUCUAACCAACAUGGAAAUCAAUAUGAAGAGCUACUCAAUGGGCGUUGGUUCGAGCAAUUUGCAUCGGAGCGAGCAGGACAUUGUGACAAAUCUUUAAGUAUAGAGGAACCUUACAUAUGUUUAAAAUUAGUGAGGACAUAAGCUCAUUUUGAUAUGUAAUCAAAUUUAGUUGUUAGUAUUUAAGCAGCAUUAUAGGGCACUAUCAUUCAGUUGAGAGUUGAACGAGCAUUAUUGUGUAUGAACAAAUGUGUUUUAAGUACGAUAUAAUUACAUAAUAUAUACAUAAUUAUUUAACACUGA